UUUCAGCUAGACAAGGGGAAAGGGCAGGAGGAGAGAGACGUGUGUGUGCUUGCACGUGUCACACUCUCCCUCCUCACGGCACCUAUUGCAGUAAAAGGCUUUCAAAUCCGACCCAUGAGGAGCCUGCUGCUGGAAAACCCAAACAAGCACAGGCCCUCAGAAACUGAAAAUCCUAAAAUGGCUUCAGAAGAUGGCUUCAGCUACCUGCUGCCAGUCCAAGCUGAGAAGCAUCGGCGAGCCCCGAAUUGGACGGACGGGGAAAUGAAAGCGCUUCUGUACGUGUGGGAGGAAUACCACAACGAGCUGAAAACCAGCAAGAGGAACGCAAAGGUUUACGAGAAGAUGUCUCAGCGGUUUUUCCAGCUGACUGGAGAGCAGCGUUUCAAAGAGGAGAUCAAGAUGAAAAUCACUAACAUGUCUUUCCAGUUUAGGCGUCUCAAAUCUACGGCCGGUGAAAGUGGCGAGGUUCCAGACUGGCCUUAUUUCAAACCCAUUGAGAAGAUCCUCUCCAAACCGCUGGAGAAUGGACGAGUGACUUCUCUGGAGUUCCAGGCUUCGGCUGCUGGCCCUUCUUCGGAGAACAUGGCGGGGCAAUCGGAGGAGGGCAUGGUUGGCUUCAUGCCCGAGUACACCGGCUCUUCAGAUGAGAUGGAGAUAAAACAAGAGCUAGACUCCUUGACUUCCGACUCUGAGUGCUCCAGCACUCGCCCAGUGUCAGCCAAGAAAAGAGCAGGCAGCAAACACCUACUGAUGAAGAAGAAGAAGCUGCGGAUGAUGCAAGCCAUGUUGGUACAGCAGAAGCGAUCGAGCAGAGCCAUAGAGGAAACGUGCAGGGAGGUCCGUCGAGCCCUGCACCAGCAGAACCUGCUUCAGGUCCAGUGUUUGCAGCUGCAGGAACGUAUGAUGAAUCUGCUAGAGAAGAUGGUCCUUCCGUCCCCGGGCGCAGCCAUGCAGAUGGCCCAGUGUGGAGGCAAAGACCCAAAGAAAGCUUGAAGGAUUGUAGAUGAAUCUUGAACAUGAGGACUUCCAAUCUGUCAUCACAAAGCUGUUCAUGACAUGAUGGACCAACUAAAAAUAACUUUACAGACCAAUGCACUUCAUCAACGUCUAUCCAUCCCUUUCCACCACUCACCUGCGGUCGGAUAACAGGGGCAACUAAAGAAGCUCUGACUUGCCUCUACCCAGAAAUCUUGCCCAGACCAAUGGAGAAGUACAGAUUGUUCUGGGUCUGCCUUUUGGCCUCCUCCCAUUUGCCAAUGGUCAGAGUACCUCACGUAGAAAGGGACACGAUGCCUGAGACAUCUCAACUUGAGUCUCUACGUAGAAGUGGAAGAACGGCAGUUUGACUUUAAGUCCAGACACUCAGCAAGAGAAACCUAAUUUAUGGCCCUUAUGUCUGUCUUGUCUUUUCACUGCUCUGUGUUUUCAGUUUUCUUCCUAAUCAAAGGAAAAAAUCUGUCAGUUCACACCAGUGUGCAUUUGAUCAAAUGCAAGAUUUUUUGUGACACAGCAGAAGCCACAAAGAUUUUUGCCACAGUUGUUACACCACUUGACACCAACUAGGCAUUUUAAAUUAAGCCCAGAUAAUAGGGCAGAGCAGCCUUCAAAAUCCCUCUGCUCUCAAUAUGUGGCUGAUUCGCAACCAUCACUGAACACUUGUAGGCUUAGUAAAUCCAACUGACAGCGUUAAGCUUACCUUGAUACCAUAUCACACUCAUCCGCAGCAGAGGAAGUCCAUCAUAUUUCCAGUUCUUUCAGGCUGAGAUGCCCUGCUUCAGAGGAGAAAACGCUUCAAGGUGAAUCUGAGUUGAGGCAUUUUCCUGAAAUACUUAGCAACGCCUAGUCAUACUUUGCUCAAACAAAG